GUGUUAUAUUUUAUCAGCUGUCUGAAAACAAAUCUCAUUUCAAAAGCUUGCAGCGCCACCUGCUGUACUGUGAUGGUCAGACAACAGAGGUAGAAUUCAGGUGAACAUAAAGGUGUUUUGUCUACAAUUCUAUGUCUAUACGUGAACAAAGUAUCCCAGAAUGCUUAUACUACUCGGACUCGCCUUCCUCCUAUCACUUUCUAGCCCGGGUGACGCUGUGACGUCACUGAUCGUCCCACCGAUCCGGCCCAGUGGAGAAGAAGCGGCUGUCAUCUUCAUUCCAGGGGCGAACAUCAAAGGAGAGGCGUAUCUUAAGACUGCUGCUGCCAUACAGAAUGUAAGUCCACUUCGUCUCUGGGUGGCACUCACGGGGAACUACUCGCUCGAAACACCGAACCCUGUGGAACUGCCAAAGGCUGUGGAGAACGCUAUAAGACAGCUUAGUAAGGCUGGAAUGAAGGGAGACAACUACACAGGCAUAGCUCACAGUCUUGGUGGUGUAUUUCUCUCAACAUACGCCAAAAAAUCUCAGCUGAAGGCCGUGGUUUUGCUGGGGUCCUAUCUGUCCAGGGAGACAUCGUUCAAAGACUAUCCACUUCCGGUGUUAACCUUGUCAGGAGAAUUGGACGGUCAGGCUAGAAUAACAAGAAUUGCAGUGGAAUACAAAAAACUUCAGGAUAUCAUCAAGACACCUGAUGCCGUCUUUAGAUACCCAGUCGUUAAUAUUCCCAAGAUCAACCAUGCCCAGUUCGCAUCCGGGGUCAUGCCCCCAGCAGUCACAAAGUACGACCUGACCCCGGAGGUGACCGAGGACGUGGCUCAUGUUCUAAUUGGGAAACAAGUCAGCAACUUUCUAACUGUGACCUUUGACGGCCCGUCAGCCAUGGACGUGCUUGAAGCUAAGGAGGCCAUAGUGGACAGCUUCGUGGACUCUGGAAAACGCUUUGAGCCUCUGCUGUUUGUGAAAUCGAUGGAUGAAGUGCCAAUACUACUUUCCUCCCCGUGGUCCAUACUAUGUCAAGAAGUGAUGGCAGGAGAACUCGCCCCCAAGAUAAAGGUGGACAAUUUAGUAGCACCAACAGAAACUAUUUUCGUGGUUUCCUUUCCGAGCAUCGCGAAAAACAGCACGGACCUGGUGGUUAAGACGAAAUCCUUCAUCCAGUACGACAGCAACCCUCUGGACAUUUCCACCACGCCGGAGAGCCCACAGGAAGUGGAUGUAAAGUGUAAAUCCUACGAAGCCAUCCAAUCAGCGCUAAACGUGUCGGCCAGUCUGACCGCUGCUAACACCACUUGUAGAGACUUGAAUGAGUUGGCACUAAAUAUAGCCUACCUGAACAGCAGGUCCGAAGCACAACAAAGAUACAAGAGCAAAGGUCGACCUCUCACGUUUCAAGACGAUGUGACCUAUAAGUCAGGCUUCGAGUGGGCUGAAAACCCUCUGAAGCUUGUAGAGGAUGACAGCGGUCUUCACGUCCAGUCAGUGGCGCUCAGAGUUCCACUUCACAGCCCGGUUUUCCCUGGGGACUUUUACUGCAAGGUGAUUUCCCCUUACAGGGCUAUGGAGUGGAUCAACGUUGACUCCCUUAGAGCUCACAAACCAUAGACACAAAACAUUGACACAAACAGUGACGAACCAUAGACGGUCACAAACAAUAGACGGUCACAAACCAUAGACAACUUCAUUGAUUUCCUAUCAGCUCACACACCAUAGACAACUUCAUUGAUUUCCUAUCAGCUCACAAACCAUAGACAACUUCAUUGAUUUCCUAUCAGCUCACACACCAUAGACAACUUCAUUGAUUUCCUAUCAGCUCAUAAACCAUAGACAACUUCAUUGAUUUCCUAUCAGCUCAUAAACCAUAGACAACUUCAUUGAUUUCCUAUCAGCUCACAAACCAUAGACUUCAUUGAUUUCCUAUCAGCUCACAAACCAUAGACUUCAUUGAUUCCCUAUCAGUCUUAGCCACCAUUGUGAUUCCCUAUCAGUCUUAGCCACCAUUGUGAUUCCCUAUCAGUCUUAGCCACCAUUGUGAUUCCCUAUCAGUCUUAGCCACCAUUGUGAUUCCCUAUCAGUCUUAGCCACCAUUGUGAUUCCCUAUCAGUCUUAGCCACCAUUGUGAUUCCCUAUCAGUCUUAGCCACCAUUGUGAUUCCCUAUCAGUCUUAGCCACCAUUGUGAUUCCCUAUCAGUCUUAGCCACCAUUGUGAUUCCCUAUCAGUCUUAGCCACCAUUGUGAUUCCCUAUCAGUCUUAGCCACCAUUGUGAUUCCCUAUCAGUCUUAGCCACCAUUGUGAUUCCCUAUCAGUCUUAGCCACCAUUGUGAUUUCCCUAGUGUCACUAAACCAUUAACACCAUUGUUAAUGCGCUUAGAGCUCAUGGACAAACAAUGUAUUCAUUUACUUUUAUUUCUAAUGUAAUAAUGUUUAGUAUAUCCAUUUGUUUCAAUUCGUGAUAAGUGGUUCUUAAAAAACUUGACUGGAAUUGUAUGAUAUGUGAAUGUAACAAACUUUACCUGUCCAAUGAAAGAUGAGGAUUAUCAUAAUUAAACUAAUACUGCCAACUAAGGUAAUUUGCUAA